UUCUGCGCUUCCUUAAAUAUUCUGGAAAUUGCUAGCGUGCGCUUCGCUUUCCCGUAUUUCUCUACUUCGUACCUGGUUGCGCUCAUGGCCAAGUGGGGUGAAGGGGAUCCUCGUUGGAUUGUGGAAGAAAGAGAAGAUGCCAAAAAUGUAAAUAAUUGGCAUUGGACUGAGAAGGAUGCCACUCUUUGGUCCAUUAAUAGAAUUAAGGGCUUGCUUACUGGCUUCGUUGCCCAGAAUUCCAGGUGUAAGAUGUCAUUUAAUUAUUGCGAAGUGAUUUCCGUCUCGAAAUGUGAGGGCGAGGCUGUGGCCAAUAACCGAAAGGCAAAGCUCAUAUUCUUUUACGAGUGGCAUAUCGAACUUGAAUGGUCCGGAAAAAUAAAAGAUUCUGAAAAUAAUACAAAUUAUACGGGAAAGAUUGAGGUCCCGAACUUAAGCGAGGAGAAUACUCCUGACGAGCUAGACGUCACUGUUACUAUAAAUAGUUCUGAUGGUGAAGCGUUUAAUCUGAAAGAAUUUAUGCGAAUGGAAGGGGCCAAGGGCAUUCGCCAGAAACUUGGUGUAUAUGUAAAGAGCCUCAAAGAAGAAUACAGCUCCAACCUAAUUUUACCAUCAAAGGGAAAAGUUGCAGAUCCAACCUGCACCUCCAGGGCUGAUGAGGCGUCCGCAGCUGCGGCUGCAGCGAUCAAAAAUGGAACUGGCAUUUCACAAGAGCCCAAGGAUAGCUCUUCAAGCACUCUUGAUAGGACAAUUAAGAUUAAUUCAGAGUUCUUUUGCGCCCCAGAUGACUUAUUCAAAGUAUUAACCACUAAAGAAGUAAGCAUAGCAGAACUCUCAUUCUUAUUUUGCUAA